AUGAUCGUACAUCUCAAAUCCAUAUUUAGCCGUCACAGGAUACCAGAUGUGCUAAUUUCUCAUAACGGACCACAGUAUGCGUCUGAAGUGUUUGUGCGAUUCGCAAAGGAAUUUGGAUUCCAACACGUAACCAGCAAUCAGAGAUAUGCACAGAGCAAUAGUGAAGCGGAACGCGCCGUGCAAACCAUCAAGAAACUGUUGCGCAAAAACAAGAAUCCGUACGUCGCCCUAAUGUCGUAUCGUGCGACGCCCUUAUCGAAUGGGUAUAACCCUGCCGAACUUCGCAUGGGUAGACAAAUACAAAAAAAAGUGCCAGUUAAGCCAGAAACACUCAUCCCAAAAUGGCCUUAUCUAACAGAGGUGAAGGACAAAGAUACUGAGCUGUGCGACAACCAAAAACGGAACUAUAAUCAGCGUCAUCGCGUCAAAAAUCUUGCACCGCUCAAUCCAGGAGAUCGCGUUUGGAUAAGGGCAGUGGGACUCGUGGAGAGGUCGUGA